GACCCUAGCCCCUCCCGUUCCUCACUCGCGCCGCCUCCCGCACGCACUCAGCUCGCGCAGGCAACGCGCCGCCGUCGCUCAGCGGCCCUACCGGCGAGGCGUCGAGUUCUUCUUGCUUCUCCACUGACGGGACAGCGCGUGGAUCCGGAGACCUCUGGGCUUCGGAAGGAUGGCGCUGAGGGGAGUCUGGCAGCUGCAGAAGCUCGUGGUAAACUACUGCGACUGGGGAGGGAGCAGUAGGGGCAUCAGGGCCUUCAUGGAGGCACAUCUUCCAGCCUUUAAGGAAAAGAAUCCACACUUAGAAGUGGUGACAGAGCUUGUCCGUGGUCAACAUCCUAACUUGAAGGGAAUUUACAAAAACCAUAACGAGCGAGUGGUCUGUGUGAGAAACUUACCGCCAGAGGAAAUACUCCUGCAAGCCACCAGGCUAAGGAACUCCCUGGGCAGGAAAGUGGUGAAGCUGCGAACCAGACACGUAACGAAACGGCCCAGUGUUCAGGGGACAUGGACGACGGAACUGAAGAUGUGAGCCAAGGUGCCACCAGCCAAGGGGUUUCGGUGUUCUUGGUGGUGUGAUUGCAGAAAAUGUCAGCUGUGUCAAUAACUUUUAUAGAGCUGCCGUUAUGCUAGCCUAUUUCAAUAGCCAAACUGUUUACACCCUUUGUUCCCAGUACAUUCUGGCAAUAACAUAUAGAUACACUUGGAUUUCUUGUUAGUGCCAGGCCGUCACAUUUGACAUUUCAGUAUGGUGAUAUCUGUCUCCUAUAUUAGACCAGUACCUUGAUGUUUCAGCUCGCGAGAUUUUGUGAA